AUGUUUCAAUUUGAUGCCUCUUCGUACUCAUUUUAUCACCUGCUUUUUCGCUUGCCCGGAGUUGCCCCCAUCCUCGUCCGGCUUGAAGACCAAGAUACAGAAAUUCACUGCUCUUGCCCUUCACCGCACCAAGCUCCAUCCAUUGGUCCACUCGCCACCAGAACUGUCUUCACAUUUAAGCGCUUGAUCGGCCGCAAGUUCAAGGACGUGGAGGUCCAGGAGGACAUGAAGCACUGGUUAGGUGUUCAAGAUGCUCGACCAGCUGUCGAGGUUGACAUCGGUGGCGAGAGACAACAAUUCAGUGCUGAGGAGUUAUCGUCCAUGGUACUUACCAAGAUGCGUGAGACCGCCAGGCAGUAUCUCAACAAGAAAGUCAAUCAUGCGGUCAUUACGGUCCCCGCAUACUUUAACGAUGCGCAACGGCAGGCCACCAAGGACGCUGGUCAAAUCACUGGCCUUGAGGUUCUUCGAGUCAUCAACGAGCCGGCGGCCGCGGCACUGGCAUAUGGCCUUGAUCGUACCGAAUCAUCAGUGAUUGCCAUGUACGAUCUUGGCGGUGGUACUUUUGAUAUCUCCAUCCUGGAGAUGCACAAAGGAGUCUUCAAGGUCAAGUCCACCAAUGGAGACACCCACUUUGGUGGCGAGGACUUUGACAUCGCUCUUGUUACCCACAUCCUCAACGAAUUCAAGAAAGAGUCGAGCAUUGACCUCAAUCAAGACUGCAUGGCCAUUCAGCGCAUUCGUGAGGCUGCCGAAAAGGCCAAGAUUGAAUUAUCAUCCACGACGCAGACCGAAAUUAACUUGCCAUUCAUCACCACGGACGCAACCGGUCCAAAGUACAUCAACUUGAAGUUGAACCGCACUCAAUUUGAGACCCUUACCGGCCCUCUGAUCCAACGUACCGUUGAUCCCUGCAAGAAAGCGUUGUCCGAUGCUGGAGUCAAGUCUAGUGAGGUGAACGAAGUCUUCCUCGUUGGUGGUAUGACCCGCAUGCCUAAGGUCGGUGAGUCCGUGAAGUCGAUCUUCAGUCGUGAGCCGAGUAAAGGUGUCGAUCCUGAUGAAGCCGUUGCCAUUAGUGCUGCUAUCCAGGGUGGUGUUCUCGCCGGAAAUGUCACCGACAUUCUACUUCUCGACAUCACCCCACUCUCCCUCGGCAUUGAGACUUUCGAUGGUAUCAUGACAAAACUCAUCAACCGCAGUACGACCAUCCCAACGAAGAAGUCGCAAGUUUUCUCUACCGCUGCCGAUGGCCAGACCGCCAUUGAGGACAAGAUUUUCCAGGGUGAACGUGAACUCGUCAGGGACAACAAACUCCUUGACAACUUCAAUCUCGUCGGUAUUCCGGCCCCGAAGGGCGUCUCUCAAAUUGAGAUCACUUUCGACAUCGAUGCUGAUGAUAUCGUCCACGUCACCGCCAAGGAUAAGGCAACCAACAAGGAUCAGUCUAUGACGAUCGCGUCUUUGUCAGGUCUGAGCGACAAGGACAUUGAGUGCAUGAUCUCUGACGCUGAGAAGUAUGCCGAUGUGGAUAAGGCCCGUUGGGAACUCAUCGAGGAAGCAAACAAGGGCGAGUCAGUCUGUGUCGACACAGAGAAGGCAAUGAACGAGUUCAAGGAGCAGCUUGAUGCUGCCGAGAGGGAGAAGGUGUCGAAACUCGCUGGCGAACUUAGCCUUUUCCAGAAGGUGUACGAGAAGCGCGGCGCAGAGAAUGCGUCCUCCACGCAGUUAACGCAAGGCUCUGAGGACACGCCCCCCACGCUCUUCCUUGUCCUACUUAUACUUCCGUCUGCCACAGGUCUACUCGAGUAUACAGAUUUUGACCCAGAGGACAUCGAAACCAGAGGUGUCGACCCCGAGGAUGAAGUUAUAAAAGACAUCGGCGCUGCACGGUCGGACUAUGUCGACGUUGGACCUUCCGCUUUACGAAAAGCGCAUGAGAAAGCAUUGGAGAAACUUGCAGAUCCAAAAUACGAGGGCAUUAAAACCUCUCGGAAAAAUCUGAUGAUCGACUCCAGCGAAUCAGAAGAUAGCGAAUCAGAAGACCUUGACAAUCAUGUCAACGAGGACGACGAUGUCAACGAAAGUGACACGCAUGCCCAAACUAUUCACGAUCAUGAGCCACCUUUCUCGGAAGAUGAAUUGGAUGAUUCAUCUGAACAUGAGGCAGGUUCCUCCGUAGAUGGUGAUUUGAUAAAGGGGCCAGGCCUUGCGGACAGUCAGGAUAACGAUUUAUUUUCUAACCUUCGCAAAACCCGAGAAGAGGACCGUGAAAGGGGGAAAGCAAUUUCUAAGCAAAUUGCCCUAUGGGAUUCACUUGUCGAUGCCCGAAUACGUCUCCAGAAAUCCGUGACAGCUGGAAAUCGACUUCCACAAACAUUACUGUCAUCCUUUGAUGACAUUCAACUCCCUCCACGUAAACGACGACGCAGCGAUGCCGAGUCUUCAGUGUCCGAAUAUGCUGAGACAUUUCGCGAAGCCAGUUCGCAUUUUUCAUCGCUGCAACACGCCUAUCAUCCACACCUCAUACAAACCCUGAAUAAUUGGUCCUCUAAAAUUCAGGCCGUUGCCCCCUCCGUGCUGCUCCCUUCAAAUCGCAACGCCUUCUCCAAGUCCUCACAACACUCCAAGUCGGCAGCGCAAUUAAUUGACGAAACUCUAGCUGAUCAUAGCCAAGUGCUUGCACGAACAAGAGUGUAUCGAGGUAAAAAUGAACGAUUAGGAGUUAAAGUGGCCAUAGAAGGCGAGGAAGGAGAGAACGAGGACCCCACAAUAUUUGAUGACACUGACUUCUACCAACAACUGCUAAGGGAUGUCAUCGACUCACGAACUGGGUCAGGUGGUGGUGACGACUGGGUGACUAUGCAGAAGCAGCAGAAAGCGAAGAAAAAGGUAGAUACGAAAGCGAGCAAAGGCCGCAAGCUGAGAUACCAGGUUCACGAGAAGCUACAAAACUUCAUGGUGUCCAUCCCAGUGCAUAGUGGCUGGCACAAUGAACAGAUAGACGAACUGUUCGCUGUCCCUGCUUGGAAAAGGGUUUGA